CCCCGGCCAGUGUACAACUCUGACGGUCACGAUUCAUCUUGCAGAUCCUGGACGAUACGCUUGAUACACGAUGCGAGCCUGUUCAGCAAGGACGUAUCCUUCGAGAGCACGGACGGACCGAUAUCCUUCGACACGUCGCAUUCCUACGUCGGCACUGUUUUGGAGGACGAGAGCGCCGUGGUGCAGGGCAUCGUUACGCAGGACGGUCUCUUCGAUGGCAGUGUCGUGACCAGAUUUGAGGAGUACUAUAUCGAGCCGACGGGCAGGUAUUUGAAUAAAAAUGAAGACACGUCGCCGCUCUAUCACAGCAUAGCUUAUCGCACCUCCGACGUUACCGUCCCGCCACAUCCAUUACCCUGCGCCAGUCAUCAGCUGCAUCAAAAGGGGUCUCUUGGCGAUUCCUUUGAUAGAUACAGGUACAACAAUUCUCAGGCAUUCUACGAGCCCCUGCUCGGCGAGCACGUUGCUCUCUACUCGAGGGAAAACAAUGCGAGGGUGUUAACGUUGGAAACGAAUAAUGACGUCGAGUACAGGGACGCCGGCGCGAGCGGCAGAGAUCGGAUCGCGAGGCACCUGCACAAGCGCGCGACCGUAGAUCCCCGGAAGACUACCUGCAUGCUCUACUUGCAAGCGGACCAUCAGUUUUUCGCGCGAUACGGCACGGAGGAAGCCUGUAUCGAGGUGAUGACGAGGCACGUGCAGAGAGUCAACUCCAUCUACAAACACACAGACUUUAAUCAAGACGGGCGGCCGGACAACAUCAGCUUCAUGAUCAAGCGCAUCAAGGUGCACAGCGAUAAGGCGUUGACGGAACGUGACUAUCGUUUCCCAGGCAAUUACGGGGUGGAGAAAUAUUUGGAGCUCUUUUCAGAGGAGGAUUAUGACGCAUUCUGCCUGGCUUACAUGUUCACGUAUCGGGAUUUCGAGAUGGGAACUCUGGGUCUGGCGUGGACCGGCGAUCUCAAGAAUGCCGGCGGCGUGUGUGAAAAGAACGGGCAUUACCGCGGCAGCAUGAAGUCAUUGAACACCGGUAUAGUGACCCUAUUAAAUUACGGGAAGCACGUACCGCCUGCGGUCUCUCACGUUACUUUGGCUCACGAGAUCGGCCACAACUUCGGCUCGCCGCACGAUCCGGAACAAUGCACACCGGGCGGCGAGGACGGCAACUUUAUAAUGUUCGCCCGUGCUACCAGCGGCGACAAACGCAACAACAACCGCUUCAGCCCGUGCAGCCUGAACGCCAUAAAUCCCGUGCUCAACAGCAAGGCACGUUCGCCAAAGGGAUGCUUCACCGAACCGCAAGUAUCGCUGUGCGGCAACGGCGUGGUGGAGGAGGGCGAGGAGUGCGACUGCGGCUGGGAGGAGGACUGCAAGGACUCGUGCUGCUUCCCCCAGCGCCGUUACGUGCCGUCCGAGCAGAUACCGUGCACGCGCACGACCGGCUCGAGGUGCAGCCCUAGUCAAGGUCCGUGCUGUACCACCGAGUGCGAGUUUCACUUCGGAAAGAAGUGCAGGGACGACAACGGCUGCCGCGACGCGAGCUUCUGCGACGGUGAUUCCCCGCUGUGCCCGCCGUCCAUUAACAAACCUAAUAAGACCAUCUGCAAUCGCGAACUGGUUUGCUUCAUGGGGGAGUGCACCGGCAGCAUUUGCCUGGCGUACGGAUUGGAAUCUUGCCAAUGCAUACCAGGCCCGAAUGAUCCGCCGACGAAGGCUUGCGAGUUAUGCUGCCGACUUCCCGGGGAAAAUCAACAGUGCCUAUCGUCUUUCGACUGGAACUCGCCGCCGUACGAUAUUCCGGACAUGUUCUCGAAACCAGGGACUCCGUGCAACGAUUAUAACGGCUAUUGCGAUGUCUUUCAAAAAUGCCGUGAGGUCGAUCCAAGCGGUCCAUUAGCAACUUUAAGGAAGCUCUUAUUAUCCGACGAGAGCCUUGCUACUUUCAGACGGUGGGUCGCUGAACAUUGGUAUGCAGUCGCCCUGAUAGUUUUAGCGGCGAUAUCGUUGCUGGUGGCCAGCAUGAGAUUACUGGGCAAGCGACCAGACCUGAAGCUAAAGUCCGUCACGAUAAUCCACAGUUCUACGACGGAAACGGUACGGCUUCCGCCGGAAGGUACGGAAGGAGUGACAGUGCAUCCACCGGCGGUACGUGCCAAGCUACCUCUUAGCAGAAAAGUCAGAGAAAAGAGGUGUCAUCGCAAACAUAAAGAUGGUGGCCACGCGGACAAGUCCAAUAAUAAGGACGCCAAGAAGAAACCGCAGAAUCUACAGCCGAAGAGAUCAUCUACCGGCCAGGUGGACGAUGUUGCGCGGAAGAGACCAGCCGAAGUUUCGGCUGCUCUAGCGCAGGAGAACAAACGGAAGAAGAUUACAUCGGCUAGAGAUAAAGGACAAAGUACCAGCAAUAAUCCGGCCGGCGUCAGCAGCGGCGACAACGACAAGAGGAAGCGAAAGAAGCAACAUAGAAAGGAGGUGAUCGACUAUUCGGCAAUGCAAGCGGAUAAGGAGCCUGAGACAAACGCCGAUCCUAAGAGCAAGGUGCGCUCCUGGUUAUUGGCGUCUUCGCAAUGCCGACCGGAAAUCGGUGCACGGACCAACGUCAACGGUUUGCCGAAGAGCAAGUCGACCCCCGUGGGUCUGACCGUUAGCGGAGGGGCAGUGGGGUCCAGAGUGCCGGUCUCGAGGCAACAGGCGUUGACAUCCGCUCGACGUCCUGGCGCGGAAGCCGGAAGGGCGGAGCUGAAGAACUCGUCGAACUCCCUCGCCAGGAAGGAACGGGCGAGGCUUCAGGUUGUGUACAAGCCGCCGUUCCGGUUCAGCGUGAAGCUACGCAAGUCCGAUAAAGUGGCGCAGGCACCGGCCACAGCCGUAAAUCACACGAGCGCGAACGGUAGAACAGCGAAGCUGCCGAGAACCGGGGUGCUUCUGCGAACGGCCAAGAGGAAGGACCGAGUCAGGAUAGGCAGAGCACGGCAAAUCGCUCCCACCGGCAUCGGUAACAGCGGCGGCGAUCUGCCAGAACCGGCCAACUCCGACUUGCACACCGUACCCUCCGAUCUGGAAGUGCUGCUGUCCGAGAGCGAGUUCCUCUUCUCGGACACGUGACCAUGGAUUUCGAUAAUCUUUGAUUUGAUUUCGAAUCGCUACGCAAAUAAGUAGGUCUUGCAUUUUCAUCCCUUAUAUCCGAGCGCGAGAAUAGAUAAUACUUUAGGAUGUGCGGGAUGAUAGAUAGUUUCGCGUUGAAUUGCUAGCUCGUGCGUGGGAAAAUCCCGUCCGAGAACGUGGAAGGGAAGAUUCGUUUAGUUGCUAAUUUGCGUCCGAUCUGUCGAACGAUAUCUUGAUACGUUUUUCUUUCAACUCUUCGCUCUGUGCGCACGUCGAAAAGACGUGUUGCAUCGAUCUUCGUCAUUCUUCCUUUCCGCAUCUGCAGAGUGGAGUAAUAGCUUGGCGACCGAUACGUUUGCGAACGUUCGCGCCGCAGCGCGAUGAACGUUUCUCACGCGUGAUUGCGAUGAACGGAAUUUGCGCAGACGAACGUAUGAGGUGCGCCGACGUUAGUUUUUCGACGAUCAAGCCAGUUUUCUUCCAAAGAAAGGGGCCAAAUCCAUCGUUUAAAGUGCGACUGGUGUAAGCGCCGCAAAUAUAUAAAUGUUGAUCUACUCGUCUAAUAUUUCCCGGAGAACUAUGCUGAAAGCAGAUUACAAUUCGUUUUCGAUGGUAGCUUUAAAUUUUCAGGGAUCAGUGCGCAACGUUAAUCUCAAAAUGCAACGCGGUAUUUUGGGGCGUCGAAAGUAAUGCUUUAUCUUAAAGUCUCUUUACACUGUGCCUGUGCUGUUACUCUGUACCCUCUUUUCUGACGCUUAGGGAAAGUCACGUCCGAGAAUGGCGUAGUUUUCGUUUAAAUGGCGAUAUAUAUCGAUCGUAAGAGGAUGACAAAAGGUGAAUUGCGUCGACAGCCUUGAUUGACUAACUUCUAUUAGUCGCUCCCUUUGAGAUUAUAGCCCUAGUUAUAACGUAGUCGUAACCGGACACUGCAGUUACAGCCGUUGCUAUGAUACGGCUAUAAAAUACUCUAUAUUUUAACCUUAGCUGUAACAUAGCUAUUAUAUACUUUAUAUUAUGGCCCUAGCUAUAAUAUAACUAAACAUGAUAAAAUUGCGACAUUAUAUCUUUAGCUAUGAUAUAAUUAACGUGUAACUUUAUAUUAUAGCUACUGUUAUAAUGUAAUGUAUUAGCGUUUGUUCUGUAGCUAGGGCUAUGGUAUCGACGCAGAGGAACAAAACUUAGCAUACCACGAUCAGAGCUGACCUGACGUUGAUGGGAGCAACUGUUGAAACGUCAGGUAAGUUCCGAACAGAUCGUCGGGAGGUUCUCUUGUUUCUUCGCCACCCGAUCUGCCUGUAACGUUAAAGUAACGUUAAUUCACUCGUGGUUCCUAUUGUCGACAAUUUUUAAUCGCAUCUCGCGAAGCAUCUUAUCGGAUAUACUUUGCAUCUUCAGUACAUCCGUGAGAAUCGCGAGACGAGCCGACAACGGAUGUUGCUUAUAUUUUUAAGACUGUACAAAAUAUCUUCAGUGGCACCUGCGACUUUUCGGCGAUUUCCGUUGCUCGCGAUUGUUAACGGGGGACGUGCCGUUUCUCCUACUUCAUAUUCAAUCGUCAAAUCCGAUAUCUGGUGCUAUCGUGUGGUACUUACGCCUCUUAUGUGUCUGAUCACACUUCUGAACUGUAACUUCCAGUUGUAAAUAUGCUUUAUCGCUCAGACAUUCCUGUUCGCUCUGUAAAAGAUAAGUUGAUUAAUUAGAAUCGACAGCUAAUUGCUCUUUUAUAAUUAAAUCUUUUCCAAAGAUACUUCUGCCAAAAAAUAUCCGCAUAAUCAACGCAAGAGACAACACUUUCAAUUCGAUACUUUCCGAUAACGAUAAAAUCAAUUUGUAAUAAAGUGUUAAUGCAACAAAAACGUUCUUGUCGCACUUGCUUGGAAUUACGAGUGUUCUAAAAGUCGGACAUUUACAAAACGGGCAGCUAUCGAUUCUGCUUAAUUGACGUUCCUUUGCAGCGCAUUGCCGAAUGUGUUUGCCGAGUUUAAGUUCCUUGCGCUCGCGGCACGUGCACUCGAGCUAAAAGCAUAUCUCGGUACAGAGUAUUCGCGUGUUCGCGUUUCACGUUUUCAGCUUCGUGUGCAUUCCCCUCGGGUGUGUCGCCGCGAUCCCCAUGAGCUGCCACGAUUUCACCCAUGACGACAAACCGCGAUAAGCCGGCUCGGUUAAUCGUUAUGAAAUCGAUUAAACUAGCUCUUAUUAGCCAACACGUAUGAGUACGGUUAAUGCAUCCUCUUUAAGAUCCGUUUACGAUCGCCGAUUUCUCAUACCGUAAUUUCGGCCUGACGCGCCGAAAACGUACGAGGGAUCGCUCUGUAUAAUAAAGUAACAUGGUCGGAUCGAUACGGACUCGAUACUCAAGGAUAAUAACAUUAAUAAUAUUAAUACGCUCGUUGGCGGCAUUCAUUUUUGUAUCAUUCCUUAACAACAAGUAUUAUUCAGCGGGAGAACGAGAGAGGUAGAGAUAACGUAAAAUAACUAGCUACAUUUGCGUGUAGAUUACUGAACGAUGUAAACAGGGUCUGGUAGGUUUCUUUUAAUUCGAUUGGAGCUAUUUGACUAAAAUUAUUGAUAUCACUGUGUACUUUCAUAAUUUAACGUAAGCAGGUUGCAUUUAAUUUAAAAUGUACACCGUUCGAAGUUAAAUAAAUUAGCUCUUCCGGCGAGUGAAUAUUUAAUCUUCGAUCUGCGUACUGUUUUGACUUAAAGGGAGCUCGUUGCUAAUUAAUCAAAUUUCAUUUUUUAGCUUUUCAAAGUACGUGUCGAUUAAUUAUACGUAAGCGAUACAUUUUUGCAAGAGCUUACAGCUAUUGGUAGCGAAUAAUUAAACUUAUACUUGCAUAGCGCUACAUUCUAUUGAUAUACGUUUGUCAAAAACAAAUUGGAAGCCUAAUUUCUUAAGUGAACGAUGCUUCAACUUCCAAAACUCAUAAGAACAUUUAUAAUUAUUAUGUAUGAUUAUUACGUAAACUAAGACUUCGCAAAAAUUGUACUUUGUCUAACGUGGUAACUAUACGUGGCCGACCGUGUUUUGUACGUCCAUAAUUAGUUUUACAACUACGAAGCUGGUGUUCAUAGUUGAAGAAUUCGCAAAAGAGAUCCGCUUGUGUAUGUGCGCGCGCACACACGUGUUCACACACAAACGUAUACGCGCUCCCGUAAAUGUACUUAAUUCAUAAGAAGAUGUGAUGUUACUUUUACAUGAACCCAUAGGCAGAAUUGCUUAAAUAAGGAAGCGUGCUUUUACUUUCAAGACCGAGCUGUGUUAUAUCCUGUCUUGAAUUAAUCGGGAAUUGAAAUCGAUGUCAUUUCGGCGAGUUAAAUUCUCGAUGCUGUACCGUGGUGGGAAACGGCUGAAUGAAAUUUAAUUCAGCGGGAUUUAUCGCGUUAAAUUGAAUGCCUUCUGUAAAAGAGGAAUUUACCUCGACGUGAUUCUUAAUUCAGUAAGAAGUUAAUUUUUAAUUCACGAGCCAUUCAAAGUAUUUGAAAAAUUGAUACGUUUUCCGUGUCGAGAAGGGAAGAGAGCGGAAGGACCGGAGACAUUAGCUUCGCGUAGAGCGUCUGUAGCAUUUAAAUCCGCUGAAAUCUCAGUUUCAAUUCACGAGUCUUUAAACCGAUUGUGAGCCAUGUCGCGCGAUUCGCUUUGUUGUGCCUAGUCGCUGCGCAGAAAUCGCUACACGAAUUCGCGUGCGAGCGCGGCGAGCGUUUUUAAUCCGUAUUAAUCCGGACACACUCGUUAACUUCGUUCGUACUCCGUUGUGUCUAUACGCAUCUAUACAUACAUACAUAUAUAUAUACACAUAUAUUGUGAUACAUACUUAUAUAUGUCGUACAAGUAAGUAGUACGUAUUCCGCUUUGGUCGUAAGAUUUGCAUUACAAUCUAAAAACAGGAGGAAAGGGAGUGAGUGCAAGAAAGCGUGUAGCGCUUGAUCGUAGAAUCAGCAGGUAGACUGCAGAAAUAUUCAGAUAUUCGGAUUCUGUAAUGUGUAGAUGAUAAAAUGUAGCUGUUACCCUUGUGUAGUCUGUCUACCGGGAGACUUACAAUUAGUCGCGGCGAAGUGAAUCAAAUUCGUAAAUUCGCGUAUUGCAACGCGAUCGACAGUUUUCUACGAUCCCAAGAAUCCGACGUGCGGGGAACGCGAGCAUACGAGAAAAGUUUUGCGCUCCAUGGAGCUCACUUUGGGCCGCGGCGAGUCCCGAUCGCUAAUCGAGGAAACAAUCAAUUUAUAGCGAAAUCAAAGCGGAUCGUUCACUGAGAAACGUGAAGGAAUUUAGAAAGAAAAGUAGAUGUCGGUCAGUCUUAAAAAUCACACAUUAUAACAUCUGUAUUUUUUUUCAUUUGGCGCACGGUUUAGCAUAGAAACUUAAACGCAACUUGUUUAUUUAACAAAUUGAACUACGCACGAUUGACCACUGUACUUAAUUCUUACUGUUAAAUUAGAAGAAAAAAUUAUAGUUGUAUAGUUAAGAGAGAAAACCAGUAAGAGAAUCAAAAGCUUUUCACGAAACAUACGCUAGGGAAAAAAGAUUGGUGUUGAAAGGAAUUCUGAUUUCCAUUGGAAUUUCUCAAGCGAAUAAGAACAGAAAUGGAAUAAUAAAGCAAGGGUGUUUCCAAUAGAAAUUAGAUUUCUUCCAACUCCGUUUAUUUUGCAAGAGAAGAUUGAUUUACUUUUGUAGAAAAGGGUAACAGCUCCCUUGAGCUCCGAGAUUCGAUCAUCGGCAAGAGCGAAUCACCGACUUUUGUAUACUACUAAAUUACUGCCUUCCAGCUGAACAGUCUUGUAAAAUAAAGUGACGGACCGAUGCACACAUACCACUUUAUUUACCGAAUAAGACAUGGCGAAACUCUUGCCUCCCUUUCCAGCUGGAAGGUAGCGGUCUAAUAGUAUAUAGAAGUCUGUGGUGCGAAUUAUCAAGCAGGAAAAAUUGCUGGUGUUACCGGUAUCGGCGUAAAAUCUUUUCCCGUAUGCACGCGUGCUCGUCGUAUGAGAAAGCAUCGUAGUUCAGUAGUCGUAGCACUGAACACACUAUUUUUGAUCCGCGAGUGAUGAGAUAGGGCUGAGCGACCGUGGCGAUUAGCUAGCCACCCAACAAAUUGAUCGCUCGUACUUACAGUUAAUACCGUAGUCAUUCCCGUUAAGCUCGAGUGCUUCUUGUUCCAUUUAAACGAUUAGCAAUGGCGGGGGUGGUGGGAUCGCACGUGUGUCCCCCCGCAUGCCAAAUGAUACAACACUCGGAUCCGAACAAAGUCGAGGGCACAAGUGGUCUCGAUCCGAACCUAUUCGGAAUAUUUGAUACGUCCGAGAGGCGAGACUGUUAUAUUAUUUUAACUCUUAUCACAUAAACUUAUAAUUGAUAUAAGAUGGGGCUGCUGUAUUUUUACACGGACUUUGUACAAAUAUAACGGAGGAGUCCUCGCGGGGAAACCCCUGUUCCGGGGAGGUAUGUACAUACUGUAUACCAAUAAAUACUAGACGAAAUGUG